AUGCAGUGCAGAAUCGGUCGGCCCAGUUUGCCGAUCGUCGUGCUGACGCUGACGGCGAUUCUGAACGACGUGUUAGCCAAUCCUUGGGGCAACUAUUACGACUACAAUGGUUACGCAGCACCGACACAGGUGUAUCAGUUCAAUCAGCGCGUGGAACAUCACCGGACGCGAAUACCGGACAGUGUUCCCGCCUCGUCCGGUACCAUCAACUGCAGCUGCACAAAGCUGCGAUACUGCACGAAGAUACUGGAAAUGCUCAAGACGCCCAAGUCGAGCUACGGGAACUUUAACUCCAAGCUCAAGCAACUCGCCUGCGGCUACGGUACGGACAACGAGCCCAAUAUUUGCUGUCCGCACGACGACAGCUGGUUGCGGGACGACGUUUCGGAGGUGGGAAACACCCACAAUCGGCACCAUUCUUCUGAAGAAGAGGAACAUGACGGCAUCGGCUGGGACGAGGGUUACACAAACCGGAAAUCGGACGGUGGACAGUUGUGGUCGCGGGAACGCUUCAAGUACGUCCCGGCAACGGUGGAAACCGGAAAGCGAAGAAACCAACCCACCACGACAACCACGACCAACAAACCACCGCGCGUUGAAGCUGCCGGUUGGUGGAACCAGAAACCGCACAUCAGUAACGCCAUCGUCGGCUUUGAGGAUCCGAAAACGAUGAAGAACUGUCCACCGGAGAUUUACCCGCACGAUGCGGUACCACGGCCCACGAAACCGUACGUUGCGCCCGUGAUGCGUAGGCGUACCACUACGACGAGACGCCCUGGCGUAGUUUUAGGCGAAAAUCGUCUAGCUGAAGCCACGAUCCCGCCUUUUACCACAACGGAUCUACCACCGACGACAACGGAGCUCAUAACCACGGUGCUUCCAACGGUGGUUCCCGAUCGGCCAACGAUCAAUGCAGCACUUUGUGGCCUGUCGGUCAACACACGCAUCGUUGGCGGAGAAACAGAAGUUCCCGGACAGUUCCCGUGGAUGGCCCGGCUGGCGUACCGGAAUCGAACUUCCGGAAGAGUCACUUAUCGUUGCGCCGGGUCGCUGAUAACCAAUCGCCAUGUCAUCACAGUGGCUCACUGUGUCACGAAUCUCAUCGACGAACUUGAACUAACCAGCAUUCGUUUGGGUGAUCUUGAGUGCAAUGCCGUCACAGACACACGGUGCAGUACGCGAUUUCAGGACUUUGAGAUCGAACGCGUCCUGCCGCACGAAAGCUACGAUACGCCCAAGUACGCCAACGACAUUGCGCUAGUCAAACUGCGGGAGACGACGGAAACUUACAACAUCAUCAGUCCACUCUGCCUACCAACCGACCAGUAUGCGCCUUACGCGCUCAACCUCACCGGACAGAUGGGAAUAAUCGCCGGUUGGGGAUCUACUAGCAACAGAAGUAACACCCCGAGUCCCACACUGCAGUGGCUGCGGCUGCCGAUCGUGGAUACGGCCGGAUGUGCCAACGCGUACGCGCGCUAUAGUGUGAACUCGCGUGUCCCCAUCAUUGUGUCCGGAAACCAAAUGUGCGCCCAGGGUCAGGAGAACCGGGACGCGUGCCAGGGUGAUUCGGGUGGCCCGCUGAUGAACGAGGCCAUCUCAAACCGUGACCGGUUCGUGCUACUCGGGCUUGUGUCCUUUGGACCGCGAACGUGCGGCGUCUCGAACUUCCCGGGCGUCUACACACGCAUUUCUUCGUACAUCGGGUGGAUAUUGGCCAACAUUAUGCUAUUGUCAGUUGUAUCCUAUUGUAGAAAACGCAUGCUUUCAACGGCCAUGGGCAUCCAGGCUUUCAAUCGUCGGCUGUAUCACUUGGAGCUGGCAGCCUUCCUAAUCCUGCUGGUGCUUGGAACGUCCGUCGCACAGGAAUGUAAAUCACCCGACGGUGCGCCAGGUCAGUGUAUACUCCUGCGGAACUGCAACACCUUGUACACGCUGAUCCAAAAGAAGCCCCUACUCGCCGCCGACGUCGGCUUCCUUCAACGCUCCCAGUGCGGCUGGUCCGCAGAGACGAAUCAUCCCCUGGUUUGCUGCACCGAUGGGCUGGUGGCGGCGCCCGUUCGCGUUGGAUCCGGCUUGUUGCCGACUCCGGGACAAUGCGGCAUUCAGACGAGCGAUCGCAUCUUCGGCGGUGUCAAUACGCGCAUCGAUGAAUUCCCAUGGAUAGCGCUGCUAAAAUACGCUAAACCAAACAACGUUUUCGGAUUUCAUUGCGGAGGUGUGCUCAUAAACGAUCGCUACGUCCUAACGGCAUCACACUGCGUAAAUGGCAGAGAUAUACCGGCUACUUGGAAUCUUGCCGAGGUACGACUGGGCGAAUGGGAUACCUCGACGACCGAGGAUUGCGAAGGCAUGGGUGACGACGUGGACUGUGCACCGCCACCGAUCGAUGUGCCGAUCGAGCAAAAGAUUCCGCAUCCCCAGUACGAUCCCAACUCUCUCGAGCAGUAUAACGAUAUCUCCCUGCUUCGACUACAAAACGCGGUGGCCUAUUCGGACUUCAUCAAACCCAUUUGCCUGCCGAUGCACGAGAGCCUGAAGACGCGCGACUACGUCGGAAUCCGGAUGCAGGUAGCGGGCUGGGGCCGUACUGCUACGGCACGCUUCAGUAACAUCAAGCAGAAAGUCGCCGUCGAUGGGGUCGGGCUGGACACGUGUAAUCAGGUGUACCAGAAGGAAAAGGUGCUGCUACAACCGUCGCAGCUGUGUGCCGGCGGAGAGGCUGGCAAAGAUUCCUGCCAGGGUGAUUCCGGUGGUCCGCUGACUGGAACUCAUACGGCCGCCGGUCUCCAGUAUUGGUACUUGAUCGGGUUGGUUUCGUUCGGACCAACACCGUGCGGACAGGCCGGCUGGCCUGGUGUUUACACAAAGGUCGAUCGAUACGUGGAUUGGAUUACAAACACGAUUGUAUUAUAAAAGCGGCAAUAAAAAUCGAGAACGAGGUUGCAUGGUGUGAGCAAAAUUAUGCAUACAAUAAAGUGAAAUCUAACU